AUGAAUUCUCAGGGCUCAAACAUAUUUAUUGAUGAACAGAAUUCCACAUUUGUACGGCCAAAAGGAUUUUAUAUCAGUGGCUUUCAAUCUCUGCAACACACAAAUUACUUCUUUAUGUUUCUUUCCUUUGUUUAUGCUGCAACACUUGUAGCAAACGUCUUGCUAAUGACAAUCAUUGUGUUGGGUGAGAGACUGCACACACCAAAGUACAUUGCUGUAUUUGCUCUUUCAGUGGUAGAUGUAUGUUAUAGUUCCGCAAUUAUUCCGAAAUGCUUAGAUACUUUCCUUUUUAAUUCUAAUUUUGUGUUUUAUGAAAGCUGUUUAGCUCAGUUGUUUUUUGUACAUUCCUUUUGUGGAUUAGAGUCCUUCUCUCUUGCAAUACUAGCCUAUGACAGAUUACUUGCCAUAUGUUUUCCUUUGCAUUGUAAUUCAAUUAAUACUAAUAACAGAAUGAUUUUAAUUAUAUUUGUUUCUUAUAUGAUGCCUUUUUUGGUUGUUGGAAUUUCAGUAAGAUUAAUUAUGCACUUGUCAUUCUGCAAUUCGGUUGUUGUUAACAGCUACUUUUGUGAUCACAGACCAGUAUUUAGCAAUGCUUGUGGUGAUACUCUCCCAAACCAAAUUAUGGUUUAUAUUUAUACAUUUGGAAUUAUCUUUUUGCCACUAGUUUUCAUUAUAAUAUCAUACAUGUGCAUCAUUUUAGCACUUUUCAGGAUAACAACUGCAGAUGGAAGAUGGAAAGCAUUUAAAACAUGUACAACCCAUUUAAUUCUAGUGGCAAUAUUUUAUAUCCCAUUGUUAGUGACUUAUAUUAUAGUUCUUGUAAGUUUUAAAAUCAACACAGAUGUACGAAUCCUCAACACUUCACUAUCAGCUACUCUGCCUCCACUACUUAAUCCAAUAAUAUACACUUUAAAAACUGAUGAAAUAACAGUGCAAAUUAAAAAGCUCCUAAGAAAAAAAAUUAAUCCUUAA